GCGGUCAACUCAGUUGCCAAUGAUUCCUCGCACGCCUCACACGUCCGACCAAUGCUGCCAAGGUUCAAGAUACGACUCAAGCACCACAGAUAAAUAAAAAAAAUUAAAAACAAAUGGGAUAAGCAAGCUUUUAAAAGACGUUAUCAAAUUGAAAAGACGUGAAGUGACUUUUGUUAUUUUAAUUUAUUAUAUUCAGGUGUGAUAUUAGAUUUUAAGUUUAGUUUUGUAGUGUUGUGGUUUUGUGUUUAGUGAGCAAUGGAAGAGCAAGGAGAGAGCAAGGAGCGCGUGCGCCGGGCGCCCUUCGAGACCGCGCUGCACCAUGCCGGUUAUGGCUGUUUCCAAUGGAUGCUACUUCUCUCGUGCGGCGCAGUGUACGCCGUAUGCGCCCUCAGUACUACGACACUUAGCUUCGUGCUGCCGGCGGCUGAGUGCGACUUCAAACUCAAGUCCGCGGACAAGGGCAGCCUCACCGCCACGCCACUUAUAGGAAUGUGUGUGGGCUCCUACUUCUGGGGCAACCUAGCGGACGCCCGAGGCCGUAAAAAGGCCAUCAUCGGAGCCCUGCUACUAGACGCGCUGGCUGCCUUCGUGUCCAGCGUGGUGCAAAGCUACCCCGCCUUCCUAGCCUGCAGGUUCUUCUCCGGGUUCGGGAUCAUCGGCGCCACAGGGCUGAUCUUCCCCUACUUCGGGGACUUCCUGUCACUGCGGCAUCGGGACGUCAUGCUGUGCCGGCUUGAGGUGUUCUGGACGCUUGGGUGUAUACUGCUGCCUUGCAUUGCUUGGCUAAUCAUCCAAGACCCGCGCUUCAUCUGGGCGGACACAGAAGACUUCAAGUUCAACCAAUGGCGCGUCUUCGUGGCAGCCUGCGGAAUCCCAAGUCUUCUGGUGGUUUUGCUGCUGCUGCCGUUUCCGGAGAGUCCAAGGUUCCUGCUGCACGUGAACCAGCCAGAGCGGGCGCUGCAGGUGCUGCAGAAGAUCUUCGUGGUCAAUACUAGGAUGGAUUCUAAGGAUUUCCCGGUGGAGUCCAUGAUAAGCGCCGGCGAAGGCGACGAGGAGGAGGAGAUAGUGACAGCAGACAACAACGGCAACGAGACCAAGGCGGCUCUGACCUGGAAGCAGCGCUGGCAGAACUUCUGGAUCCGCAAGAAGAUGCUCACCACCCAGCCUUUCAUCGGCCUGCUUAUCCUCUGCUGCUUCGUGGACUUCGGCCUUAUGUUCAGUUACUACACCCUGAUGAUGUGGUUCCCUGACCUUUUCGAGCGGUUCAGCCAGUUCACAGCGGGCAACCCUGACGUCCCCGCAGGCGUCUGUGAGGUGUCCGCCAACAUCUCGCAUACUGAGGCACUAGACGGUCAAUGCCAGCAGACUGUCGCAUCCCAAGUAUACCAGCACACGCUGGUGGUCGCGUUGAGCUGUGUGCCCGUGGCGCUGGGUGUCGGUAUCUUCAUCAACAUGGUCGGGAAGAAGGUCAUGCUCGUGCUGAUGCUAAUGAGCUCAGGGCUAGCCGUGCUUGGCAUGAGCCUGGUCCGUUCCGCGCUGGAGAACCUGAUCCUCUCAUGCGUCUUUGAGUCCAUCGUCAGCUGCACUGAGGCUGUGCUGUUCUGUGUCAUCUGUGAAAUCUUCCCCACCAAAGUUGCAGCAACGGCAAUGGCAGUUGCGGUGAUGUGUGGUCGAGUGGGUGCAAUAGUCGGGAACGUGGUGUUCGGAGCAUUAGUGGACCAGCAUUGCGUCGUGCCCAUAUAUAUCUUCGGGGGAUUGCUUAUAUCAAGCGGACUUCUCUGCAUCAUACUUCCGAAGAGCACACGGCCAGAGCGGCCGCAGUAACCUGUAUUUGUUAAUAAACUCUAUGUCUAUAGUAA